AUGACUUUUGAACAAACAUUGCGACACACAGAAUGUUCAUCGUGCCAGCUGUUGUAUUUUGAACUCGUUUUCUUCCAGUGGAUCACCGACUAUCUGGAUUUAUUCAAGCCUUUAUGUGGCCCAAGUUCGCACUGCUGCCCUUCCUGUCAUCGUUCAUUCCAACAAAGAUACGGCCUUUCUCCUGUGCGCGCGCAGCACAUCGAAGACCAGGUUCUCAAGGGAAAUUGGAAACGCACGCGGCUUUGGAUAAAGGUUAUCAACGUCUGGAUAGGUAUCCUUCUAAAGCCAAGCGAAGGUGGAGAAGACGUGAACAGUUCACCGCGGAGCCUCUCCCUCUUACAUGUUGCAUUUGUGGGGAUAAAUGAAGUCGGUAGUCGCAUGGCGGCAGCUCCGAGGGAUUUCACCAAUGCCAGAACACAGUUUACUCAGCUUUCUGGAUAUCUUAUCGUCGUGAAGGAUGGAUUCGGUCGACAUCAAACCAGAAUUGUCUAUUGUCUCGCUGUCAACCAACAUUUUCUGCAACUUGCCAAAACGAUAUCCCGCUCUCUUUGUCGUCCCACGACCAACGUAUCCUUCUUUCAAGUUAUAUGCACCCUGGAAACUCCUGUCGGUGCUGUGACAGACGAGACGUUGACCAAUGUCGCCAAGAAAAGAACAAAUACACGCGACAUGUCAUACCGCCAUUCCCAGUCCGAUCUACAGGAUAUAAUGUCUCGUUUUUGGACCCCAACUACAAUGUCACCUUCCUCGCCUUCCUUCUUGACUGCCAGCAGCCAUACAGCUGAGAGUACCAGUGAGAAAUUCCAAUUCAAUCGUGCGAUAGGCAGUUUGACGUGGACAUCGAUACUGCAUCUAACUUUCCAUGGUGCAUCCACAGCCGUACCAUGCUAUUCUUGUCCUCGGGGUCGAAACCGGUCUCUAAAACUCACGGAGACAUCAAUCGCCUUCCUUGCGGAGAGUAAUCUCUCUGUCGGCCGUGCUCGUUUUACAUCCGACCACGCCAAUUCUGACCGCCAUAGGCACCGGCUGACGACGAACACCGAGGGUGGCAUUCCUCAUGAGGCAGAUAAAACUACUCCCGGAUGA